UGACCCUGACUGCUCGUGUGAAGUAGGCCUGGCCUAAAUGUUUUCAUCCUGUUCGAAACCGAAAUUGAGUUCGAACGACCACCGAUCGAAGGUAAAAGAAGACGAGAAGUCUAAGCUGCUAAUGUAUAUAGCGUUACGACCACCAAGUAAAUACGCAUUUUAAAACUGUGGGGACUUUGCGGCGGUCAGGAGGAGCUUCCGUUACGCCUCGCGUGUCACUAGGCCCGCUGACCCACAUUCGGGAGACCGCUCGAGGAAGUGCGCGUAUGAAAUUCAGCAUUGCAUUUCUCAUUAUUGCAACGAUUUUUUAUCGCAGCGCAGCAUUGUGAUCUCCGAAGCCGAAGGAGCUUUUAUCUAACCGGCACCGGUGUGGAUGUCUGACUGUGUUUUUUCGGCUUUCACAUUGGCAGGUCCUCUUCACCAAUGUCUUCCCAAUGCGUCAGGUUUUUUAACCCCAGACUGAUCCAUGAGACUGCAUUAUCAUGAGCUCCAGAGACAGGGAUGAUGGUAGUGUUUUUGAUGGGCAGAUGGAGGAAGAUGAGAAAGAUAAGGCAAAACGAUCAUCAGUCAUCAAAACUCGAGUUUCGAGAAAUAAGUCAGAGAAGAAAAGGCGAGACCAGUUCAAUGUCCUCAUUAAAGAACUUGGCACCAUGUUGCCCGGAAACACGCGGAAGAUGGACAAGUCUACAAUCUUGCAGAAAAGCAUAGACUACCUGCGCAAACACAAAGAAAUUGCUGCACAGUCUGAGUCAAGUGAGAUCAAGCAAGAUUGGAAACCCCCAUUUCUUAGCAAUGAGGAGUUUACACAGCUGAUGCUAGAGGCGCUGGAUGGGUUCUUUAUUGUGAUGCUGACAGAUGGCAACAUCAUUUAUGCCUCAGAAAGCGUAACUUCUCUACUCGAGCAUUUGCCUUCGGACCUGGUGGAUCAGAACCUUUUAAACUUUCUUCCAGUGGGGGAGCACGAAGAAGUCUAUAAAGCGCUGUCCUCACACCCAGACAUUGAAAUCCUCAACUCUGAUUACCUCAAAUCCAAGAACCAGAUGGAGUUUUGUUGUCACAUGCUCCGAGGUUCUGUGGAUCCCAAAAAAACGCAUGUGUAUGAAAAUGUCAAGUUUAUUGGCAACUUUAAGUCGCUCAUCAACAUGCCUCUUGCAACCCGAAAUGGCCUUGAGGGAAUUUUGCAGCACUCGUUGCAGCCGGCCUUCGAUGAUAAAGUGUGUUUUAUUGCGACUGUGAGGCUCGCCAAACCCCAAUUCAUCAAAGAGAUGUGCAUGGUGGAGGAGCCUAAUGAAGAAUUCACGUCUCGACACAGUCUGGAGUGGAAGUUUCUCUUAUUAGAUCACAGAGCACCACCUAUUAUUGGCUAUAUGCCUUUUGAGGUGUUGGGAACGUCAGGCUAUGACUAUUAUCAUGUAGACGACUUGCAUUCACUAGCCAAAUGCCAUGAGCAUUUAAUGCAGUUUGGAAAAGGGAAAUCGUGCUAUUAUCGCUUUUUAACUAAAGGGCAGCAGUGGAUUUGGCUUCAGACCAACUACUACAUCACCUAUCACCAGUGGAACUCACGACCAGAGUUUAUCGUCUGCACGCACACAGUUGUGAGUUAUGCUGAGGUGCGGGCAGAGCGGAGGAGAGAGAUGGGUAUAGAAGAAUCCCCCCCUGAGCUGCCCGGAGACAAGCAGUCUCAGAUUUCUGGCUCUGAAUCGCAGUUAAACACUUCCAGACUGAAGGAGGUUCUGGAGCGUUUCAGUAACAGUCGCACACCCUCCACCUCAUCAAGGAGCUCCCGCAAGUCCUCGCACACCGCUGUCUCUGACAACACCUGCACCUCAACUCCCUCUAAACUACAGAUGGAUGUGAACACUCCACCCCGGCCCGCCACUGUUGAUAUGACAUCCCAACGUCGUUCCUCUGUCAGCACCCAGUCCAUGAGUUCUCAGAACACCAAUCAGACUGGAUCUCCAGUCCAAAUCAGCCAACAACAACCACAACAACAACCCCAACCACAGCAGCAGGUUCAAACUAAUGCCCUGUUCUCUGCACAGUUAAACGCAAUGCAGAACCUAAAGGAGCAAUUGGAACAGAGGACGCGCAUGAUCGAAGCUAACAUUCAGAAACAGCAGGAGGAACUGAGACAGAUUCAUGAACAGCUUCAGAGGGUGCAGGGACCGGGCACUCAGAUGAUACUCCAGCAGUCGGGUGGUGGACUGAGUGUACAGCUACCGCAAGUUGGAGGAGCACAGACUAACAUUUUAGGGGUUGGAGCACAGACUGGGGUCGUAGCUAUACAAGGCCAAAAUGUGACGAGUACAGCACAGAGUGGGACUGUUCCACAGCAACAAGCACUUCCACAACAACAGGCUCCUCGUUCCCUGCAGCCGAAUGUACAGGGCUCUUCUGUUACACAGCGUGGUCCUGUGUAUAACACCAUGAUGAUCAGCCAGCCUGCCAAUGCCAAUGUUGUGCAGAUACCCAGCAGUCUGGCACCAAAAAUCAAUCAGGGCAAUGCAAUCAACAGGUUUCCUGCCGGGCAGCAGUUGGUCACUAAGAUUGUGACUGCUCCAAUGGCGUGUGGCGCUGUGAUGGUACCCACAACAAUGUUUAUGGGUCAGGUGGUGACAGCUUAUAGCCCGUUUGCACAGCAACAAGGUCAGACACAAACCAUAGCACUGCAGACUCAGUCAACAGCACCUGCAGAACAACAGGCUCAAGCUACCACAUUACAAACAAGUCAACAACAGGGGGCGACACAGCAGCCAACAAAACAGCAGCAACCGUUUUUACAGAGCACACGUCUUCUUCAUAGCAACCAGUCCACACAACUUAUCCUGCAGGCUUUCCCUAUUCAGCAACAAGGUACAUUUACUCCAUCACAACAACAACAGCAGCAACAACAACAACAACAACAACAACAGCAGCAGCAACUGAAACCACAGACUCAAAAACAGCAGAAACCAACCCCUUCUCAUCAGACUGACAGCACUAGUGCGCAGUCUCAGUAACGUGGAUGAACACAGCAUCCAAUCAGAUGGAGGAACCAGCUAACUAGUCUCUUCUAGGAGUUUAUUGGUGCUCUAUAUCAUUUGAAAGCUCUACGCUAAAACGUCUCUUCCUGGAAACGCCUUGGAAGCAUUUAAGACAAGGAACUCUCUCGACAUGGCAGCUGCGUGGAACACAACACCACCAGAUGGACGCUGUGGCAACCAUGCGGAGCGUUUCACCAAACCAACAGGUGGUUGCCAAACUCAUUAUUUAUUUCAACAACCGAAAAAGCAUAGGAUUGCUAGCCUUUGCAUGGUCUUUGCCAAACAGACAACCCUGUUCUCAGUCUUUCACAGUAAACAGCCCAAAGAACUGAGUCUGUCUGUACAGUCUCGUGUACUAUACCAUGUAAAUACAAAACCGUAAAGGAACAAAGCAAGAUACUGAAUAUUUUAUAUGCUGCAUGAAAAGUGUAAACUUUCUUUUGUAAUUCCAGUUUUAUGAUUUUCUUUUUUAAGUAUUAUUUUAAUUUUAACGUUUUUAUAUUAUUCAUAUAGUGAUGCUUUUUUAACCCUUCCCUGACAAUGGUCUCUUCACAUAUAGUUAGGCUUUGUUUUUGGGUUUUUUGGAAAUUAUUAUACCCCUUGUCUCAUGUGACAUACAAAGAAAAUGUUGUUUUUAAGUGCCAAAAUUUCGCUACUUUGUUACAAAAACAAAACUUACAGUUUUUUGUUGAAUGUUAAUUUGCUUUUUAGCUGAGUCAUAGUAGUCCACUAAAAAGUUGUUGUGCACCUUUCCCUCUUACUUAUAUAGCACUUAUUGUGUUCAUACACACUAAAAUAGUCCAUCCUUCUAGUAAAUGUGACCUAAUGGUCUUUUAAGUUCGUUUGUGUAUGCAUGAACAGUACGUUUCUCAGAUGAGAAUGACACGCCAUGAAUAAGCUUUCAAAUCCUCAUUCAUAACUGCUUUGUUCUCCCUCAUGGUUUUGGGAGCUAUGCAAGAAGCCCCAUCCAGGGCACAGCGUUUCUAUACGUGUGACUGAGGAGUACUGUGGACCUUUUAAAGGGAUAGUUCACCCAAAAAUGAAAACUACCCCAUAUUUUUUUUUUUUUUUUACUCACCUUCAAGCCAUCCUACAGUAGGUGUAUAUAACUUUCUUCUUUCUAGAUAAAUACGAUCAGAGUUAUAGUAAAAAUAUCCUGGCUUUUCCAUGAUUUGAAACGAUUGUUGAGAUUUUGAAGCAUAAAAAAGUGCAUCCUUCAAACAUAAAAAGUACUCCACUGCCCUUAUGAAGUAAAUCAAUGUGUCUGUGUAAGAAAAAUAUCCGUAUUUAAAACUGUUAAAACCGUAAUUUCUAGCUUCCGCUAACUGUUGCUAAUGUGGAAGCACAGACAAGAGAACAAACAAAACCUGUCACGAAUUAGAAGUACAAAACAAGGAUUUGUAAAGAGAAAUGUUGAGACUGGCUUUCUUUGCUUUAAACAAAGCUUGGAAAGUUUUGAAAUGAAAGAAUAAAGUCAUAUACACCUGGGUUGGCUUGAAGGUGAGUAAAUCAUGAGGUAAUUUUAAUUUUUGAGUGAACUAUCCCUUUAAAUCCUAUUUUCAGGAAAGGAAUGAUAUUGUCCUCUUACUAUUUUUUUCUUUUUUUUUUUUUUUUUUUUUUUUUUUCCAAAGUUGUAAUUCAAACCGAAGCAGGGUUAUUGUGCAGCUGUAGAGUCUUAAAGUUAAGAGUGAUCUUCCUUUUAAUUGUCUGUGUGUGUGUGUGUGUGAGAGAGAGAGAGAAAGAGAGAAUUUAAAGUGCAGGCUAUUAUAUCAAUAACCGUUUGUGACUCUUCCAGUAUUGUUGUGUUGGUUACUACAGUGUGUAUUAACCCCAGCAAUGACCAAUCAGUUCUUGCGUUGCAGUAUCUCAGCAUUCUAGAUGUUUCCCCAUUGGCUUGUUGGCUAUAUACCUCAGAAAUGGUUUUAUAUAUGAAGUAUUCAAAGCAAUUUUAUUUUCAUAUGGCAAAAGACUUCAAUAUUAAACAGUAUUGCUGUGUAUAGACCGGUAGCACUGUUAAAAGAUGGGUUAAAGCUGAAAGAUAUAUGGAAACUGAAUAGAUUUUGACAUUGUUGAGGAAUUCCAAAAUUAGAGAUGCCCAUAAUGUAGAUGUCCAACUUCCCUUAUCUGUCCAAUUCUCUUUCAUUGUGUUGUGAUGUGCGUUUCAUAAGAAUGAAUUGUGCACUGAAACCCUCAUUUGUGUUCGCUGUUACUGUUGGAAUUAAUGUUUCUCAUAGUGUGUACAAUCAAAAAUAACUUAAAAUUUACACCCCUCCCCAAAGAAAGCUACUGACAGGUUGAAGAAAGAACUGAUUUGGAUUUUGGAUGUUCUUGAACAACCUUCUGUAUGUUUUUUUUUUUUU